UGAUUUCGCGCCGACUGUGAUGACUUGUGCGGAGUUCGACGAUCUUGUUGGACCUGAAUCCGGUUCAGAUUCCGACUCGGACUACCUCGAUGACAAUCAAGAUGCUGAUUCUUCAUCUGGAGAUGAAAGCUCAUCGAGUUCCUCAUCAGACGGAUUCAAACCGAGGACACGACUCAAGGAUUAUUGGGUCUGUGAAGCCGACUGCUCCAGUGGUGAAGACUCUGAUACCACUGCAAAAGCCUUGCUGAAAUUCCGACUCGCUCGUCAAAUGAAGCAAUCGAAAUGCGGAAGAAAUGUCAAAACGGAAAAUACGGUUUCUGGAAAUUCGCCGACGCGGCGUACUACACCUCUCGAAAAGUUCUUCUCAAACGGU